UGUUCUUUAAUUUAUGCUUUGGCAGGUCUUGGAGCUUUUCUGGUAUGUUUGGUUGCUGCUGUUCCGUGUCCGUAUUUUUGCUUUCGUUUGUGGAUUUGAGGUCUUCAUCAGUCUUGGGUCCCCGAGCAGUCUUAGGCAUGUAGAAGAUUGUACAGGCGGUUCAUGACCGAUUUUCAUCUUGGUUUGUUCUCAUAAACCUCUCCUACAUUGCUUGUGCGCUAAUGGCAGUGACGGUUAUAUGUUUUGAGAAGUUCAUCGGGAGCUAGCUACUCUGGAGGCGUCACGGGAAUUUCCGGGAUCCGAGGCAAUGAGGUGAACCUCACGUUCCCGUGAUCAACGCCGAUGGUUGAGAACAACAUUCGAUUCCUAAAGAUUUUAAAAUCAACUUAACGGAAUGUGUCGGGUUUAAUGGUUGGGCGAAGCUAGGUUGUAAUACAUCGAUUUGGGAGAUUUUGUUCUGAUCAAGCUUGUAACCCGAACUUGAAUGCCCGGUUUUCCGGGAUAAUUUUAAUAUAAUUAUAUUUAAAAGAAAUUAUUAUCAUUAUUAAAUCAAACCAGCCACCAACUUUCAGUAGCCCUACCCGUGUAUGCGUAUCUAUAUAUAUUUAUCUUCUUCCUCUAAACUCAGCCUUCAACAUUUUUGAUCGUGGGAGAGAGUGUGACGCCAUCUUCGUCCCUCCCAUUUGCUUCUUCUCCACCCUCCUUCAAGAGCAGCUUGUCUCCUCUCUUAAUCUUCUUACCUUCUCCAUUUUCUUUUGUUUUGUUCUUAUCCGCCAUGUUCUCUCGCGUGGUGCACGUGAUGUGUGUGUGCUCGUCUCCGUUCAUCACCGGAGAACCUUGCCGCUACCACCAGAGAUCAGCCUCGCCAUUGGAGAUCAACGCCGUUCCAUUUUAGCCGCCUUUCGUUGGAUCCGAGAGGCUUAUAACGUGAGGUGUGAAGACUGGAGGAACGGAACCGGAGCCGUCAUAUCCCAUCACCACCGUCACCACUCUUCACCACCAGUACCACCCACCACCGGAGGAGCAGCUCCUUACAUCACACCCCUCGUUCGGUCGUUACGUCCAUGGCGUUGACGUUACAUGUAGGAUCCAUGAGGUGGAGAACGUGAGCGAGAGCAAGAGAAGACGUACGAUCCGGAGUGUAACGGCCCGGUUCCUGGCCCAUAAAAAUUUCCCAAAGAAUACGGGCUUCUCUACGGCCCAUUUGGCAAAACCCUAGGGCUUCCCCUCCCCUUUACUAUAAAAAGAGAUGCAGUCUCCCUUUCUGCCGGAUCACAAAUCUGAAGCGAAGCUCUGCAGAGAAUUCCCGGAGGUCGAAAACCCUAGCCGUCGAGCUCCCUCUCCUUCUCUCCUGCGCCGCCUCUCUCUCUCCUCUCUCUCUCCCGCGCGUCGCUCUCUCUCUCUCUCUCCUCGCCGUCACCCUCUCUCUCUCCUUGCCGUCGCACGCUCUCUCUCUCUCUCCCUCUCGCCGGCGCCGUGAAGUGGUGGUGCUGAUCAGAUCUCAACCUUCUCAAUCCUCGUUUCCAGAUCCAGAUCCAGAUCUAAGACUAAGGAUGUUUUCGCUUGACCAUUACGAGUGGAGGAUGCCGCGUAUGCACUACGGACGGAGGAACACCAGGGAGUAUGCCCAAAGGCGUCACUAUGACAGGGAGGGUAACUUGGUGCUACCCAUGUUUCCGGAUCCUGAAGAACAGUACAGGGAGUUUCCAUUCAGGUACCCGCACGAGCAGACUGUGAGGCAUAAGGUGUUGAUGCCACAUUUCCAGAGGAUGGCUAUGGAGGAACGCCUACUGCAGGGCAAUGCGAGGUUCCAGCUUGCAACCGAAGAGGGACCCCCGAGGAAGCGUGGCCGUCCAUGCAAGACGCCAAGUGCAGCAGGGGGACCCCCAAGGGUGUUCACCGGGAAGUGCCAGUGUGGAGUGCUGAGCAAGAAUGCUCAGGAGGACCGAUCAGUCGCUGGAUACACGGAGGACUUCAUCAACCAAGCCAAGCUGUGCAAACCAAAGAAUGCAGAGACGUGGUGCAUAUGGUAUAAGAACGGGCUACGCAAGGAACUCCAGGCGCAGUUGAGGGGUGUUUUGGAGCCCUUGGAGUUCGCGCUAGUGAGGCGGAUGGCAGGCUUCGCCAUGGAGGCAGAAGAGAAGAUUGCAGCCGAUGUGGCCGCUCUCUCGAGCAUGGAAGGAGGAAACCCGGGUAGGGACGUCGAUGGCCAUGAGGUGCCGGUAGGGGCACCCGCUAAGGGAAAGCGGGGGCGUCCGCGAAAACCACCUACAGUGACAUGUGAUUGUGACGUACUGGUCCAGAUGGUUCAGAAGCCACGCAAGGUGAAAGAUUACCUGGAGGAGUUCUUGGAUACGGCCAAGAUGUGUCAACCAAAGCCAGCUGAGGAGUGGUGUCAUCUGUUUAGGGCUGGGCUACGUGGGGAUAUUCGUGAAGAACUCGUGGGAGUCCUGGAGCCUCUGGAAUUUGCACUGGUGAGAAGGAUGGUUAACCAAGCACUGCACGCGGAGGAGUGGUUGGCGGAAAAGGAGGCGGAGGCCGAGGAUGACCGCGUCGCAGAGGGCGAGGAAGACCUGGGAUCCGAGUCCCGCUGCCCCUCGCCAUGUCAAUGUGGCUAGACGAGAUCCUAGGGACGAUUCGUAGGAGUAGGACACGUGUUCCGCUAUUGGUUUUAUUUCAUUUAUUGGUUAUUGGAGUUGGUGUUUUUCCCCUUAUUUACGGCAUUCUGUAUUUGUGCAGAUGUGCUGAGUUUUCUUUUACAAACUAUUGUAGUCCUACUCCUUUUAUUAUCUAUGACAUUCCUUCGUUGGUUUUAAAGAUUCCAGUAGAGUUAUCAUGCCAUGUAUGCCUCCCUUGAUUGUUGUGUGAAUGUGUGAAUCCAUUUCGGUAACGAACGAUUGGUCUGAAAGAUGUGGGCUUUGGAAUUCGGGGACGAAUUCCGAUUAACGGGGGAGGAUUGUAACGGCCCGGUUCCUGGCCCAUAAAAAUUUCCCAAAGAAUACGGGCUUCUCUACGGCCCAUUUGGCAAAACCCUAGGGCUUCCCCUCCCCUUUACUAUAAAAAGAGAUGCAGUCUCCCUUUCUGCCGGAUCACAAAUCUGAAGCGAAGCUCUGCAGAGAAUUCCCGGAGGUCGAAAACCCUAGCCGUCGAGCUCCCUCUCCUUCUCUCCUGCGCCGCCUCUCUCUCUCCUCUCUCUCUCCCGCGCGUCGCUCUCUCUCUCUCUCUCCUCGCCGUCACCCUCUCUCUCUCCUUGCCGUCGCACGCUCUCUCUCUCUCUCCCUCUCGCCGGCGCCGUGAAGUGGUGGUGCUGAUCAGAUCUCAACCUUCUCAAUCCUCGUUUCCAGAUCCAGAUCCAGAUCUAAGACUAAGGUGGAGUGUUUCGAACCCAACCUUCUUUCAUGGUCCUGUAUACUCCUAUAUGUUGGGGUUAGGUUUGAUUAGACCCUGUUUGGGAGUUAGGUUGAUAGUACAUGGUAUUGCUAGGAUGAUAGAUGAAUGGAUCAUGAUGCAUAAGAACCCUCAUAUUGAUAAAUGGGACUUGAUGAACUGAAUUGAAUUGUUGUGGUAAUGGCUGAUUGGUAGUUGAUACUUGUAUGUUUGGUUGUGUUGUCCCAUGUGUGGUUGUGAUUGAAGUUAGGAUGCUAGAGAGUAAUAAAUGCUAGGAUGAUAGAUGAGCAAUGAUUAUAAAAGUUAUUGAAGUAGAACUUGAAUGCGAUGUGUAUUGUGUGACACCGAUAACGGGUGGCGUCUAGUGAUUGAGUCCAAGUACAAGUAGGAAUGAAAAGGGAAGUAAUUGGGAAUGGGAAGGGUUAGGUGAAAACGAU